AUGUCUACCAGAAACUCAAAAGAACAUGAUCUCUCCGGAGCAGAUGAGGGAAGAGACACACCAAUAUCGCAACUUGAAGGAGAAUCGGAAGAUGCCCGUAUCGAACGCUUGGGACGCCAGCGACCGGAAAAGCUCAAGUCUCUGUGGAUAGAAAUCGCCUUUGUCUUCUCCAUAACGGUCGGCCAGGCUCUGGCAGAGUACUUCGUCUCGGGAUUUACAAUCUUGGUCCCAACCGUGACCAAAGCCCUCGAUAUCCCUCCAUCUGCUACCACAUGGCCCGCGAGCGCUUUCUCCCUGGUCGUAUCGGCCUUUUUACUGCCAUUCGGGAGAGUUGCAGACAUAUAUGGAGGAUAUCCAGUAUACAUGGCGGGUAUCACAUGGUUCGCUGUCCUGUCUCUGGCUCUUGGUUUUGCCCAGAAUGAGAUCACGCUGGACGUCCUGCGUGCACUUCAAGGUCUGGGUCCCGCAGCGUACCUCCCGGCUGCAUUGCAGAUUCUCGGAAACACAUAUCGACCUGGUCCGAGGAAGUCGCUCGUAUUCUUCAUCUACGGAGGUAUGGGUGUGAUGGGCUUCUUCGUGGGGUUUCUGUUCGCCGGCAUUGCAGGAGAGUUUCUUACUUGGAGGUGGUACUUCUGGAUUGGAUCUAUACUGGUUGCGAUUGUCGCCGUGGCAUCCUACAUCGCCAUUCCAUCCGACGUGGAAGAGCACAAGAACAACGGCGUGAAGAUGGACUGGCUUGGAAGUUGCACAACCAUAUCCGGCUUGAUCCUUGUCAUCUAUGCCAUUACGGAUUCCAGCCAUGCUACUCAAGGCUGGGCCACUCCACGGAUCCUGGUUACAUUCAUCUUGGGCAUUGGCAUGUUAGCAGUAGCUUUUUAUGUCGAGGGCUGGAUAGCUGAACAGCCACUCCUUCCGUUCGAGGUAUUCAAGAUCAAGGGGAUGCGGCCGUUCAUCUUAGGCCUGCUUUUCUGUUACGGGCCAUUGGGCAUAUUCCUGCUGUAUACCACAUUGCUGAGUUUGAAUGUUUGGGGCAUAUCUCCCAUGCAACUGGUCGCCUGGUAUACUCCCGUGGUCAUCGUGGGACUAAUUCUUGCUAUUGGCGGGGGCAUGACCCUCCAUCUUAUCCCCGCGAAAGUUCUAAUGGCAGUGACCGGCCUUGCAAUCAUCCUCGAGAGCGUCCUUCUCGCAUUGGCGCCUGCAGAAGUCAACUACUGGAAAUGGGUGUUCAUCCCAAUGCUAUGCUCGACAGUGGCCUUUGAUGUGAUAUUUAGCGUGGCGAACAUCUUCUUCUCAACAUCUUUGCCAGCACAUCAACAAGGUCUGGCCGGCUCGCUUGGCAAUGCGCUGGUUCAGCUCGGAAUCGCACUUUUGCUUGGAUUUGCAGAGGUGAUUGCAUCGCAGACAGCCUACCAGGGCCAGCAGCAAAGUUAUCGGAACGUUUUUUGGUUCAAUAUGGCGUGCGGCGCCAUGGCAUUGGUGCUGUUCUCCUUUGUGAGCAUUGGUCGAGCGAACAGUGAUCUGACUGCCGACGAGAAAGCAGCAGUCAAGGCAGCAACUGAAGACGAUGUCCUGCAGAGUUCAAGAGCGAGCACUUCUGAGAAUUGA